AUGGAGCGACAUGCUUUUAUGGCUAUGCGUAAACAGGAGGUGCCGUAUCCUGCACGUGUACAGAUGUACAAUCGCAAGAAGGAUGAAUUCAAAUCAGCAGAGGAGUUCUUAAAGGCGGCAAUUGAGGAGUGGUAUUUGAACGAUGUAAGAAAUAUCACUUAUCUUCUUUCUCCCUCAAGAUUCUUCUACCAACUAACUCAGGUAACCAUGAUCGGAUGUCAAUUUUCGGAAGAUGAAGAGUACAAGUUGAUAUGCGUCUGGCGUUAA